AUGGCUUCCACGGAGUACGAUCACCCAUAUUUCACCUUUGGGUAUCAUGAUAGUACUCGAGAUACGCCUUUGAGUGACCUUCAGUACGGGUACCUCUUGAACCAAGGAUUCAAUUUUGCACUCUCGCCUAUCACCAACCAGCACUUUAGGCAGAGAAUCUUCAAGCUAGUUGAAGUCCAUCUGAAGCUGUUGGCCAAAACCAAGGAGAAGGGUACUACCAUCGCCACGGGUUCUUCAGCUGACCCCAUCAUCCCUCCUCUGACCCCGGAAGAUACCAGUUUGUUCCCCUCCCAAGCUGUCAAUACCUACACCGGAUGCAUCAGCCCGUGGAUUGAUCUCUCAUCCCCAAACCCCAUCAUUGCAAAUAUCUCACGACAGGUUUUAAAUCUGGAAAUCAAUUAUGCAAGCUUCUGUGGACUUCGCAUUGUCAUGAUCCCCCCGCCUGAACGGGAUGGCUCACGAGGUGCUGGAAACUCUGGUCUAGCGCGGUAUGCUCGUGCCGUUCAGGAGGCUCUUACUAUCGGGGCCAACAUGAGCUUUGUUGUGCAAAUGCCUAUGUACCGCGAGCCAGGCAUUGACGGCGGCGUUGAAACCUUGUCUAGCCUAAAUGCAGUGUCGGAGACCCCGCCGGCAGCAAAAGAAAUCGACAUUUACACUGCAUGGGACUCCUGGAACAACGUUCGGAGCGCGUGCAACUAUAACCUGAGACUUUUCGUCGCCUUGAAGAUCCCAAAGGUGAUGCCUGAAAAGGCACUCCAGGACCGAUGGUUUUCAGAGCCUCUCAUGUAUCUCAUUUAUACACCCGAGAUUUUCCAGACAAACAACACUGAUAACCCCUCGCUUUCAAAACAUCACCAAGGCAUGAUCUUUUCGUACAUGAAACUUAAAUCUACGCCUGGACUCCUGAUGUGGAAUGCCGGACCUCGCGUUGCUCACAUCCAAGGCGAUGCGGAGAGUAUUAUUGCUAGAGGUGGCUUCCCGCCGCUGUCAGAGGCUACUGACGGCAACGAGGCUACUUCUGAAGAGGACGACAGACCAUCUCCAUACGUCGAGUAUUUACGAUGGGUGGAAUCGAGGCAACCACCGCUCACAAUAUUCGAGUCACCCAUGCUUACGAGCUUCCAAGAUUGGCUUCAAUCACCACUGCAGCCGCUUUCAGACAACCUUGAGUCUGCUACGUACGAGGUGUUUGAAGGCGACCCCGUCAAAUAUAACCAAUACGAAGCCGCUACAAUGGAGGCCUUGAUUGAGUGGAAGAAGCUGAAGAAGCCAACUUCCAAGAAGGGUGUCGUUAUAAUUGCCGUGGCAGGGUCAGGUCGUGGACCUCUUGUUACCCGAGCACUCAAGGCUGCUGAGUACGCCAAUGUGGAUGUGGAGGUUUGGGCCGUUGAAAAGAACCCCAAUGCCUACGUCUACUUGCUGCGCCAAAACCAGAAUGUCUGGGGUGGGCGUGUCAAGGUCAUCAAGACGGACAUGAGACACUGGAAAGGCCCAGUCAUCUCUGAGUCUGCAGAUGGUCCCGUCUAUGGCAAGGUCGAUAUCCUGAUUUCGGAACUUUUGGGCUCAUUUGGCGACAAUGAGCUCUCCCCUGAGUGUCUGGACGGCAUCCAACAUGUCAUGGCACCACAAGGUAUCUCUAUCCCGAGCUCUUACACGGCACACUUUACGCCAAUUGCUUCGCCCAAGCUGCAUGCAGACAUUCUUGCACGCUCUGCUACUGAUUCUAACGCAUUCUCGACGCCCUGGGUCGUGCACUUGUUCUCGCUCGACUACAAUGCGCAGCGUGUGCCGGAUCAUCCGCGUAUCCAAGAGGCUUGGGAAUUCUCCCACCCCAUUCCCGCGUCGACACUGCAAGGAGUCGAAGCGCGCCGCUCUGGCGGUGUUGUCGGCGGUGGCGGCGGCAGCAUGGCCGGGGCUGCUGGUGCCAAUGACCACAACUCACGCUUUUGCCAUCUUUCGUUUCACUGCCGCGCUCGAGGUGUCACGCAUGGGCUGGCUGGGUACUUUGAGUCAACUUUGUACGAAUCACAGGUGGAGGAGACGCUAGGCGAAAAGGUUGAGAUCAGCACUCAUCCGGAGCGCAUUGACGAGAAGAGCAAGGACAUGAUUUCGUGGUUCCCCAUUUUCUUCCCUCUCAAUCAACCUCUGUACUUCCCUGCGGACACUGAGCUGGAGGUAAGUAUGUGGCGACAGACGGAUGAUACGCGAGUGUGGUAUGAGUGGCUUGUGGAAGCGUGGACCUGGGUUGGGGAGAAGAGCAGAGUCAAGGUUGGCUCGUCGGAGCUAUGCAGCAGUCGCAAGAUGGCGUGCCUCAUGUAG